AUGAAGCUGCCUGAAACAAUGGCCGCGAGCACCCCCCUGGAGAUGGGCAAGUCCCUUUGGCGCUUCGGAACUCACCGAUACUUCUACGUCAUGGCGCAGUACCUAAUUCACAGUGGCAUAGCCAACGCAAUCUCCUGGAUCAAGCUGAUUUUACUCAGCUCCGUGGUGACUUUGUGUUUGGUCAUUCCCAUCCUUUGGCCUCUUUUUCUCUUCUGGGUGUAUCAGAAGUAUCAGAGCUAUGCGGCGAGCAGGGCUAAGCUGCUCCCAAGCUGGACGGGGCCGGAAAGCCUGGAGCAGAAGGUGCUGAAGGCCAUCGAGAAGAACGAGCCGCCAGAGAACGGGAAGUUCCAGAAUCGGGAUGGCCUGAGCCUCCACUACUACUCCGAGGGAAGAGGUUCCAAGUACGUGCUCAUCUGUAAUGGGGUGAACUGCUCUUACUUGCUUUGGAAGCCUUUGAUGGAUUCCCUCACCGAGAGCUUCGGCAAAGAUUGGAGGGAAGAGGUCACGGUGAUCACCUGGGACUACCGGGGUCUCUACAAAUCCGAGGCGCCCCCGGCCACCUCAAGCUACUCCGUGAGAGCCUUAUGUGAAGAUGCUUACGACUUGUUAAGGCAUCUCAAGCUGGAGAAGUGGCACGCCGUCUGCGGCUGGUCCACCGGUGUUCAGUGCUCCCUUGAGUACGCGGGGCUCUACCCGGAAACUGUGGAGCGCAUCUUCUUGGUGAACGGGUCCCAUGGCCACACCUUGCACACAGCCUUCCAGCCGAUGCCCCAGUUCUUCUUCCUCUCCACGAUGUCUCGCUUGCUGUCCACUGCCAUCUACUUCGUGCGCUUCUACAUCUGCAAUGACGCCAAGGAGUUCCAGAGGUUCAAGAGCCUCUGGGUGAAGCUCAACGAGCUCGUCUCUUGCACCCUCCAUCGCUUGAACGGCUUUCUGCUGGGCUCUGCGAGUUUGGAGUAUACCAUGGCCUCCAACGCCUUGGACUUGACGGGCCAUGGCCCCGAUCAUUGCAACAACGUGAUGCGCAUCUUGCAAGCUUUGGACAGCCACUCCUCAGCUUACACGCUCCCGGAGCUUCCCGUGCCCAUCUUGGUCGUGGCUGGGCUCCUGGACGUCAUGACCCCAGCCUUCACGCAGUAUGAGAUUGCAGGCCUGGCCCAGAGAGCGAAGUUGGUUUCCAUUGCGGCGGGGACUCACCACUGCAUCCUGGAAUCCCCCCAGCUGGCCAGCAGGGAGGCCGCAAGAUUCUUUCAAGCGGAUCCGAAGGACUUAGAGAAAUGGGGUAGCGAAGACCGGGUGUCCUGGCCCAUCGGCUGGUAUCUCUUGUAG